AUGGGUCAACCCAAAAUGACGCUCAAACAAAAGGCGAACGCCAAGCUUCACUCGCCAUACUGGCAAAACUUCAUCAUCGGCAUCGAGAUCGGUCUCACUGGCGGACUUUAUGUUGCCUUGAACAUGCUCGGGGCCGCUGGCGGGAAACCAAACUCGGCAUCGACAAUCAACACUGCAAAUGCUGUCCUCUGUGCGUUCUACGCGCUGAGUGCACUCUUUGGAGGCACGGUUCUGAACAUGAUCGGGCCGGCGUGGACUGGAUUUUUUGGCAUUAUCGGUUACAUCCUGUAUAUUGGAAGUCUUUGGCACUUUGACAAGUAUGCAGUGGCAGCCUUUCCUCUCUUUGCGGCCAUCUGUCUUGGGACUUCCGCCGGUUUGAUCUAUGUGUGCCAAGGAUAUAUCUCCAUGUCAUACUCUGAAGAGAAGGAAAGAGGAAAGUUCGUCGCGAUCGCCCUGAACCUGCAAGCUCUGGGAGCUGUCAUUGGUGGCAUUAUACCUCUCCUAAUCAACAGAAACAAGAAUGUCAGCGACGGUGUUCCCCCAGCUGUGUACGCGACCUUCAUUGCCAUGGACUUUGUCGGAUGCGCCAUGGCUUUCCUCCUAGCUUCUCCUGAGAAAGUACGACGAAGUGAUGGUACGGAUGUUGCCGAAAUCAAGCCGCGCACAUUCCUUGAAGAACUCAAGGGAAAUCUUGACGCUUUGAAAGACUGGAGGCUUUGGUUGAUGGUUCCCGCCUUCCUACCUGCUCAGUCCUAUCUCGUCUACGCUGGUUCCGUCAAUGUUUACCUGAACAGUUUGAGGGCUCGAAGCUUGCUAUCAUUCUGUGCUGUCGUCCUUCAGAUUCCCGUCGCAUGGGUUUUGCAAUGGGUUCUAGACCACCCGAAACUUAAACGCCGGAGCCGAGCUGUGGCCGGGCUUUGCUUCGUUGGAAUACCCCUCAUCGGAUCGUGGAUCUGGCAACUCGUCAGGGAUCAUUCCUACAACCGAAACAACCCCCCAGCGGAUCCUGUGGACUGGAACGAUAACGGCUUCGCCGCAAUCUUUGUCCUCUUCAUGCUCAACUGGGUAUUUUCAGCCCUUUGGCAGUACAUAGUCAUGUACUUCCUGGGAUGUCUGACCAACAACCCUCGUCUGGCAGCGAACAACGCUGGCGUGUUCCGAGGCAUCAUGGCCACCGGCGAGGCCGUGACCUUUGGGCUCGACAGCCGCAAAGUCCCGUUCGUGCUAAUUGGAGGUCUCAUUCUUGGAUUCUACGCCCUUGCUUUUGUUAUGAUGGGAUACAUGGCCCUGUUUGUUCUGGAAGACUCCAAGUACUUCCAGGAGGAAGAAGUGACAAUUCCGAAGCAUGUCAUCAUCGAGCAUGAUAUGCAGAUUGGUAUCGACCCGGAGGGCUUGAAGGAACAGGGUAACAAUGACUCCUCGCAAGACGAGAAGAAAUAG